AGAGAAGUCUAAGAGAAGUCGUUGUAUAGCUUAGGACGACUCAGGAGGAAUAAUAGUUAUUUGUGUAACAAGUGAGGUAAGAUGAAAAUUCCCGCGUGCGGAGUUGACGCACGAGCCAAACGCGAGUUCGUAAGACUGCUGGCAAGUGCCAUACAGACACACGACCUCAGCACCGUGAUCGCUUUGCUGAGCCACUGCAAGGAGGCAGACAACAUCGUCAUCGUCAACUUCGUCAACAAAGACGGCGACAAUCUGCUGCACUUUGCGGCUGAGACAGGGACACCGGCCAUCGUGCAGGCGCUCAUCGUUUUCGGCUUCGACAUCGACGCGAAGAACCGGAAGGCGGAAACACCUAGACACAAAGCGAACGUCGGCACCAUCGAUGGCAACAAGAUAAUCUACGUGUUGCAUGCGGUGGGCGCGCAGAGGUGCCCGCCAGAAACGGCGGGUUGUCAUCACGGCUGCAAGCACGGCGAGAACUAUACUGGUAUUGAGCCAGAGGAACAACCACAUAUGGAGGAACUGCGCAAGAUUCUCGACCAAAUGCUUCACGAUUCCGGCAUGAAGAAGAUGGCCGACCCUGGAAAUUGUAAGCGAAUCAAGGGCGGUAGGCUACUUUGUCUCGAUGGUGGCGGUAUUCGGGGACUGGUGCUUGUACAGAUGCUGCUGGAGAUCGAAUCGGUGCUGCGCAAACCCGUGAUGCAUUGCUUCGACUGGAUCGCCGGCACGUCCACCGGCGGUAUCCUGGGACUCGGUCUCGCCGCUGGUAAGUCUCUACGGGAAUGUCAGGCACUCUACUUUCGUAUUAAGGAGAACGCCUUCGUGGGUUUGCGGCCUUACGACAGCGAAUGUCUGGAGAAGGAGUUGAAGGAAUGCCUCGGCGCUAAUACCGUCAUGGCCGACAUUGAAAAACCAAAGAUAAUGAUCACGGGCGCGCUCGCCGAUCGUAAGCCCAUGGAUCUUCAUCUAUUCCGUAACUACGAGGCACCCAGCGCGAUCCUGAAGUUGCCAGAGAGCUCAAAGUUCAAACCGACAUUAUCGCCGCGGGAGCAGUUGCUUUGGAAAGCGGCGAGAGCGACCAGUGCGGCGCCGUCGUACUUCCCAGAGUUCGGCCGUUUUCUGGAUGGCGGUCUGAUCGCUAAUAAUCCCACCCUGCACGCCAUGAAGGAGAUAAAUGAAUACAAUCUGGCUCUAAAGGCUAGUAAUCGCGAGAAGGAGGUGAUACCACUGUCACUGGUGGUCUCCCUCGGCACAGGAAUUAUGCCGACAAAGCCAUAUACCCUGAAUGAGAAUUUCGAGGAGAAUUCCGACAAUUUCCUACCGGACAAAAAAUUUGCGCGUUUUUUGGUGGGUUUCUGGAACAUCGUCAAACGCAUAUCCAAGCGUAUCAGGGCGCUUGCCAUGCUGCUGAUUGAUCAGGUAACAGCCAGCAACGGCCAUGUAGUCGAUUGCGCUCGCACCUGGUGCUCCAUGAUCGGUGUACCGUACUAUAGAUUCAGUCCGCAUCUAUCGACGGAAGUCGCCCUGGACGCGAAGAGCGACGACAUAUUGGUAAACAUGAUGUGGACCACGAAGGCGUUCAUGCACGCGAAUCGAGAUGUGGUGCAGGAACUGGCAACCAUAAUCGGGCGCGAUUCCAGUUUGGAGUUCGACGAGAUACCUAUCCAAGCUGGGCAAGGACUGCUUAUACGAAAGAGUGUCGCUGUAUUCACUUCUACCUCAAGUACAUCCCAAUCGCGAAGUAUUCAACGACAGACCGUUUCUAAUAGUACAGGAAAUACUGUUCGAAGUAACAACAAUGAGAACACGGACUGGAGCAAUUCCACACGAAGCAGAAUGCCUCAAAAAGGCAGUGCCCCCAAAAGACCUAGACUUACCGGGUACGAAAAUUCCGGAAUAGAAGGUCACACGAAGAACAAAUGUCCAUCAAGUGGGCCGAACUGACAAGUGAAUUUUUACAGUAUUGUAAAUAAUGUAGACAACUUUCAUACCGUAUGUUAUAACAGAAUACUAUAAUAAUGGUUCCUGCAUGGUUUAACUGAAAUCGAGAACAUGCUCCAGAGUCACUCAGCUGUCAGCGAAGUGUCGUGGGCACACGUAAUGAUAUCGUAGAUGAAUGUCCGCUCGCUUUUGUGUCGAAAGUUUCUGGCGCAGAGGUGACAGUGGAGGAACUGAUAAAUCUAGCAGAUAAUUUAGAGGAUUUUUUACAAGUAUCUUCGUGGAAUACUGGAGGAUAAUUACUGGACGAAUUCUUGGACUUCUGCACCCGACACUGGCAAGAUUGCGAGGAAACAAGUCAGAGAAAUGGCAAAACAUUUUGUCAGACAAAUGGCCUAACAUCCGAUUAUAUGCUUGCCAAAUAUAUGAAAUAACUAACUUAAUAAUAAUAAUAAUAAUAUAUUAAUAUGUAAUAAUAAUUACA